AUGAGCAGUCUCAAUUUCGGCAUGGAGAAACUGACGCUUUCCACGAACGACCGCACGGCUCCCAUUACCGACCACGAGAUCAUCGACGUCGAUGCAGAACUCGACAGAGACGAUGGGGAACACUUGGAGGAAUUCCAAACCGGCGGUGGACCAGUCGUCUUGAUCUUAUGUGGACUCAUUGCCUCUGGCAAAAACGAACUUCAAUGCAUCGUGAGUGCUAUUAACAUUGGUCAUACUAUUUUCAACGAGUACCGAACGAGCGUCCCCGGUACCCGUUGUGGGAGGGAGUCAACCGCGUCUGAGACGCGGGGUUCUCUUCUCUUCUACCAGCUACAACGAUUCCACUGGAUCAAGAUAGCGCGUGAGUUCCCCGGCACACUGAUCUGGGUCAUCGUUUUCGAUACUCCCUACGAGGUCUGCGUUGCCAGAUUGCAUGAACGGACAAAUCACCCAACAAUAACAAGCAUCGAACUAGGCCUCUCAGUCCUCUCCCGCUUCGCCGCUGACUUCGAACCACCCGAAUCUCACGAAGGCUAUGAUAGGAUUUUGUAUCUCAAACCGGAGGAUCACCCAUCGGCUUUGUACACCCGUUCCGAGUUGGCUGGGAUCUUGGAACGUGUUAGGGAUUCUAAGCCAGUGGUAGCCGCACCACCUGCUGCCGCGAUGUCGUCCUUUGGUGGAGCCCCGCCGAGUAGAGGCGAGUAUGGGGUCAGUAUCACUAUCGUGGAGGAGGUAGAGGCCAGUGGCACCAUCAUGAUCAUGGCGGAGGAAGGGGGAGAGGCGGAUGGGCAUCUGGACGCGGACUGUAUAACCAUAGUCCAGGGCACAGUCGCGGUGGUUUUGCCACAGGACUGUCCACAUCGUUCCGGGGAUGGAACGUUGGACCGCUCCGUGGUGGGAGGACCGCCGACCGGGGUUGGCCGGGAGUAA